UGCUAGGUACGAUUCUAAGGGUUUAUAGAUCUAUAUAUAGGUCUAGACCCGAGUUUAUAUUGUCAGCCGUAGUUGUCGUAUGUUACCACUGUCCACUCACACUCAUUUUUACUGUACACGUUAAAAGAAAACAAAACGGGGGUUCCAGAGAGAGAGAGAGACAGAUAGAAAAGGGCUGUAAAAUUUCAUUGCAACAGAUACAUUAAUUCACAGGCUAAAAAAGGCUUACACCAUGACAGAUCUUAGAACUUCUUCUAUUUCUCCUGAUGAUGAUAAUUUUGAAAGAGACCUACAAGAAAUGUUAGAAGAUGGACCUAAUUUAAAUGAAAUCACUUCAAAUGUUCAGGGUGGAACUCCCCAGUCUGUGUCAGCUACUUUUGUUGAAAAAGUUGGUCCUUUUUCAGCUGGAACAAGUUCUUCUGGAACCACAUCAGCCAACAAUUAUGGUUCAGGACCUUCUGGAAGUAGACUCACUCGUUCCUAUACACUUCCUCCAGCUACAAGCAAUGUUCCUUUAUCAAAUUCAGGCAGUCACAGUUCGGGAAGAAGUCCAAAUGGAGACUUUAUACCAAAAUCAGUCAGUCUGAAUGCACAGAGUAAAAUAGAAACUUUGAAAGAAUGGAGUGUGAACACAUUUAAAACAACAAAACAAUUUAUUUCUGAACGAAUUGGAAAAGCUACAAAAACUGUGGAUGUGGAGAUGGAAACCAGUAUAGAAGCUCUCAGAGAAACACAAAGAAAAUAUGCUAAUAUUCUUAGAUUAGCAAGAGCAAUGACUUCCCAUUUUUAUAAUGUUGUUCAGACUCAGAAAGCUCUUGGAGAAGGUUUUUCAGAGUUGGCCCAAAAAUCUCCAGAAUUACAAGAAGAAUUCAUUUAUAAUUGUGAAACGCAAAGAACUCUGGUUAAAAAUGGUGAAAUAUUGUUAGGUGCAUUAAAUUUCUUCACUUCAUCAGUUAACACCUUAUGCCAUAAAACCAUGGAAGACACAUUGCUAACAGUAAAACAUUAUGAAAUGGCAAGGUUGCAGUUUGAUGCAUAUAGAGCAGAUUAUGAGAGUCUUGAAAGUGGACCAAGAGAGGCAGCAACACAGUUAAAACUUGAGGAAACGAAGAGAAAAUAUGAGGAACACAAGGUUAAGUUUGACAGACUUCGUAGUGAUGUCCAGAUCAAGCUCAGAUUUCUGGAUGAAAACAGAAUCAAAGUAAUGCACAAGCAGCUGCUUUUGUUCCAUAAUGCUGUCUCUGCAUACUUCAGUGGUAAUGCAUCAGCACUAGAGGCAACACUUAAGCAAUUCAAUAUACAGUUGAAAAGACCCAAUGCAGAAAAGCCAUCAUGGAUUGAGUCAUAGAAGUCAACUGAUAAUUGCUAAAAUAAUUUGUUUUUGUUCCCUAAAAUAUAUAGAUAUAUAAAAAAGUGGCUGUUGAUGAGAAUAAUUAAUUAGUUGAUUGUUUUUUGUUUGUUUUUUGUGGGGGGUGAAGGAGGGGAUGAAAGGUCACUACAGUUUCAUAAUUUUUGAACACAAGAUUUAUAUUUCUGGAUUAAGGGCCCUAUAUGAUUGUUUCAACAAGAACAUUUUCAUGUGUUUAAUAAUAUAUUUUAAAAAGCUGUAAUGUCUGAAUGAAAAAAACACAUGCCAAUAAAAAUAAUGAAUCUUAAGUUUAAAUGCCAUUAAGGUCUGAGAUUUUUACUUAAAUGUAUUCUAGGACAUCCUUAACCUAACCAACUCUUAAUAUCUAUCUGAAUUUUAUUAGGGAUGUAUAAUAAGGUUAGUGAGGGCUGGUUGCUGCCAGACAUUUAUGACCUUAAUAUACAUGCAGAAAAUCAUCCACAACCCACAUUGGGUACUGGGAUAACUUUAUUUUUUUUUUUAACUUUAAAUCAACAAAUAGAAAUUAUUUUGAUGGCUUUUCUUAAUAUGCUUUAAAAGUUUUAUCCCUUCAAAGGAGAAUAAAUACUUGAUUUUAAUACAUUAAUUAUUUUUGCAUUAAAAGUUUUGGAGAGUGUUAGAAAUUUAAAUACAUUUUUUUUUUUUAUUGUAAAAUGUUCAGCUAUAAAAAAAAUUCCAAUGCAUUAAAAAAAAUUUUUAAUUGAAUAUCAAAAAUAAUAUAUUUUGUUUCUACAUUGUAUGAUUUGAGUCUAAAUUUUAGAGGCCCUUUUUAAGCACUGAAGAGUGUAACUAAAUUUCAGAAAUAAAAAAAAAAUUUUAAAGUCUGACUAUUGUAGGUCGGGCCUAGCUCCAAAAGAUAUUGCUUCCCUUGAUCUGUGUAUAUUUAUACUAUUAUUAUGACUAUAUAUAUUUUGAUUUGAUUAUAAAAUGCGUUGUUAUUUGUGUAUUUUAAUUUAUUUUUAUUCAUAUAAAAUUGGGGAAAUAUUUUACUUGUAAAUAAAACGAUAUUUUUAUUUAUGCUUUGUAAUGUUUUUAUAUUUCAAAACUAAAAGUUUUUAAUCUUAAAAUCUGGUAUAGAAUUGUCCAACCUUCUUUCGCCAUCUACAAUUUUGUUUAGUGAAGUUCAAUAACUUUAGGCAAUUUACAUUGAACAAAAAUAUAACUAAAGUUUAGUACUGAAAAUCAGACCACAUGCAUCACUAUCAUUAUGGGCAAAAAUAAAAAUACAGAAAUAUGCCUAUUUUAACAUCACUGUGCGCUUUAGGAUAGUAUCAACAUAACAUGAGUUAUAGGCAUACCAACAGAACACAGCAAUGUGCUUCAUUAAACCCCACCCCAUUCCAAUCAUCCUUUUCCUGAUCUUCCAGACUGUCAAAUGUUUUGUUGCAGUUCAAUGGCACAUCCUAAUAUUUUUCUUUUAGAAUUACAACAUGUCUUGAUCCUAAUGUUCAUCACUUAGAUCUAAUGUUAAAAAAUUAUGUGAAUAAAAAAACAUUUGACAACUUGAACAGCUGUAAGAUGUUGACUUGUACACAAAAUUGGCUGAAGUUAGGACAACUUUGACCAUUACGUUAUCAAGAUAAUGAACCUAAGAAGUCUUCUUAUUUUUGAACUCUGCCCAUUUUUUUUUUUUUUUAGAAGGAUCAUUAGUUGGUGCUGAGGUAUUCUGUGCCACUGCUUUCAUCAUAUUGGUAGGGAAUUUAUCUGAAAAGUACAACUAGUAUAUUUUAAAAUGUUAAAACUAAUGCAGAUUAAUUUAGGCUGAAUUGAACCAAUGAUUAAUGUAAACAUUUCCGUAAUUAUCUUGGAUUAAAAAAAAAUAUAUUGAAAAUCAAAUGUCUAUAUGAAAUUCAUCACAUGAGAAAAAAGAAAUUGCUUCAGCAAUUAUUAAAAUACCAAACUUAAUCCACUGCUCAAAGGAUAUGCUAGUGAUAUUAAGACAAUUAUAAACAAUGGCAGAGAUCUUAAAAUGCUCUAGACUAAUGUAUACUACCUGAAUGACAAAUUAUUUUGUUUGUGUUCAUUCAUGAUGUUAUUGAAAAGAAUAUGUUUUUAUCAUUACAAUGUGUUAAGGAGGCUCCUUCUGAAAGUUUCUCUCAAUACACAUAUGUACAAUGUAGUAUCAAAAUCUUGUCGUGCAUACAAUCAAUUUGGCUGCUUAUUUAGCCAUAUUUAAUCAAGUAAAUACUGAGGAUGUAAACUGUCCUGUCUUAUAAUAGACAUUUUCUUGCUAAGCUAUCAAGAAAAUAAUGUAGUAGCAAAAAGCAAAGUAAGGGUAAAGUUGUUGUUUUUUUAAAUUUCUAGUCAAUGGUUUGUACUUUCAAAGUCUUUCAACAGAACUUUGUGAGGAACUGAAACCCAAGUUUUUAUUAUAUUUGUCAUAUGAGUUAUUGAAACAAAUAAUAUGCUAGUGGUAGUGUCAAAGUAUACAUGAGAACAAAGCCUUCCUUAUAGCUUGUUAUCAUUGUACUUUUAUUUCUCCCCCCCCCCCCCCUUUUUUUUUUUGGUUUCCAAGAAACAAUUUUUAAAACAUACAUGCAUGUAUAGAUAGAAAUGUAUCUGAUUCAUCAGACAAUAUGUAAGCAGAUUGAAUUCAAGCAUACUCAAUCUUGCAGUAAAUCUCUAUGCUGCUUUUUUAUGAUUUUUCUAAAACAUAUUUAACUUUGAAUGGCUAUUCUGUCUAUGCUGUUCAAAAGCACAGGCCCAGCAUUUUAUCACCAGUGUAAACAUUUGCUUUCAAUCACGCAAACAUGUAAACUAACAUUAUGUCAAUGGUAAGCAUUAUUAGUUUGUUUUGUUUUACAUGAUUCAAAGGUUCUGUCAGAAUUGAAGAUUUGUUAUGUCGUAGCCCAAGCCUCCCACAGGAGGGUGGGGGAUGGCAGCAUGAAGAGUUUAACCCAGGACCAUCGAAACAAGUCCAUUUCACAUACCUUAUGACCAGGCAGCCAUCCAGUUAAACUUUUUAAUGAUCUUACAAGCUUUUUGCUACUACCACAAAAGUCCCUUUUUUCUUUUGUAAGAAACGAAACUACCAUUAAUGUAAUGUAUUUAUUGAUUUUUUUUCCAUGUACAAUUGUUAUCAAAACAUUUUUCUAAGUUUAACAUGAAAUGUCAUGAUUUUGUAACCACAUUAAGCAUGAUCAUGAAAUAAUGUUCAAAUUAAGAGUAACCACACUAAGCGUAAUCUACUAUAUAUUUGAAAGUUACCACUGACUCAUUGAUCAAGAAAUCUCUUAAACUGUCAUACAGAUACGCUUGAAAUUUCUUACACAAGUUUCUUUUGCCUCCUAAGAACCAGUUUUGACCGAUUCACAACCUGGCGACCUGCAUUUGCAAAAAAAAGGCAAGAUUUAUAUCAACCAUUUUUGGUAUUUCCCCAAAAGGCUGCAGUCUAUAUAUAAGGCAUUAAAAAAAUAUCACACACAUUUUAUAUUUUUAAAGCAAUUUGUUUGUUUUCUUCUUUCCUAAGUCUGCUUAUUUUAUUGACUAGCCCAGUAUGCCUUAUGUCAUUUAUGUCAUUCACAGCUAAAAAGUUUGGUUGGGGGAAUCUUCAUAAUGUGGUCUGUUGAUUGAAAUUUAAAAAAAAUGAGGGGAUGUUCUGCCUUAAAAACAAUAUAAAGCCUGGUAACAAUAAAUUGGUUUAGGCUGAGUGUACUGCUUUUCAUGAAAUAAAGUUCAAAUUAAGAGUAACCACAUUAUGCGUAAUCAUGAAAUAAAUAAAGUUCGUAACAAUGUCUCUCUUUACAAACUUGAACACUCGCCCUUCCUCUCCAAUCUUAUUCCAUUCACCUUUUUUUUUGUCUGUACCAUGAUAUCCACCAACUGUACUUACAUACUUUUAGCCUGUCUAUACCACGACAUCCACCAACUGCAUUGACAUACUUUUAGCCUGUCUAUACCAUGACAUCCACCAACUGCACUGACAUAAGUUUAGCCUGUCUAUACCAUGACAUCCACCAACUGUACUGACACAAGUUUAGCCUGUCUAUACCAUGACAUCCACCAACUGUACUGACACAAGUUUAGCCUGUCUAUACCAUGACAUCCACCAACUGUACUGACACAAGUUUAGCCUGUCUAUACCAUGACAUCCACCAAAUGCACUGACACAAGUUUAGCCUGUCUAUACCAUGACAUCCACCAACUGUACUGACACAAGUUUAGCCUGUCUAUACCAUGACAUCCACCAACUGCACUGACACAAGUUUAGCCUGUCUAUACCAUGACAUCCACCAACUGUACUGACAUACUUUUAGCCUGUCUAUACCAUGACAUCCACCAACUGCACUGACAUACGUUUAGCCUGUCUAUACCAUGACAUCCACCAACUGCACUGACAUACGUUUCGCCUGUCUAUACCAUGACAUCCACCAACUGCACUGACACAAGUUUAGCCUGUCUAUACCAUGACAUCCACCAUCUGUACUGACAUACUUUUAGCCUGUCUAUACCAUGACAUCCACCAACUGUACUGACACAAGUUUAGCCUGUCUAUAUCAUGACAUCCACCAACUGUACUGACACAAGUUUAGCCUGUCUAUACCAUGACAUCCACCAACUGUACUGACACAAGUUUAGCCUGUCUAUACCAUGACAUCAACCAACUGUACUGACACAAGUUUAGCCUGUCUAUACCAUGACAUCCACCAACUGCACUGACAUAAGUUUAGCCUGUCUAUACCAUGACAUCCACCAACUGUACUGACACAAGUUUAGCCUGUCUAUACCAUGACAUCCACCAACUGCACUGACACAAGUUUAGCCUGUCUAUUCCAUGACAUCCAAUAACUGUACUGACAUAAGUUUAGCCUGUCUAUACCAUGACAUCCACCAACUGUACUGACAUAAGUUUAGCCUGUCUAUACCAUGACAUCCACUAACUGCACUGACCUAAGUUUAGCCUGUCUAUACCAUGACAUCCACCAACUGCACUGACAUACGUUUAGCCUGUCUAUACCAUGACAUCCACCAACUGCACUGACAUACGUUUAGCCUGUCUAUACCAUGACAUCCACCAACUGCACUGACACAAGUUUAGCCUGUCUAUACCAUGACAUCCACCAACUGCACUGAAAUAAGUUAAGCCUGUCUUUACCUUGACAUCCACCAACUGCACUGACACAAGUUUAGCCUGUCUAUACCAUGACAUCCACCAACUGUACUGACAUACUUUUAGCCUGUCUAUACCAUGACAUCCACCAACUGUACUGACAUAAGUUUAGCCUGUCUAUACCAUGACAUCCACCAACUGUACUGACACAAGUUUAGCCUGUCUAUACCAUGACAUCCACCAACUGCACUGACAUACGUUUAGCCUGUCUAUACCAUGACAUCCACCAACUGCACUGACAUACGUUUAGCCUGUCUAUACCAUGACAUCCACCAACUGCACUGACACAAGUUUAGCCUGUCUAUACCAUGACAUCCACCAACUGCACUGAAAUAAGUUAAGCCUGUCUUUACCUUGACAUCCACCAACUGCACUGACACAAGUUUAGCCUGUCUAUACCAUGACAUCCACCAACUGUACUGACAUACUUUUAGCCUGUCUAUACCAUGACAUCCACCAACUGUACUGACAUAAGUUUAGCCUGUCUAUACCAUGACAUCCACCAACUGUACUGACACAAGUUUAGCCUGUCUAUACCAUGGCAUCCACCAACUGUACUGACACAAGUUUAGCCUGUCUAUACCAUGACAUCCACCAACUGCACUGACACAAGUUUAGCCUGUCUAUACCAUGACAUCCACCAACUGUACUGACAUACGUUUAGCCUGUCUAUACCAUGACAUCCACCAACUGCACUGACACAAGUUUAGCCUGUCUAUACCAUGACAUCCAUCAACUGCACUGAAAUAUGUUAAGCCUGUCUUUACCUUGACAUCCACCAACUGCACUGACACAAGUUUAGCCUGUCUAUACCAUGACAUCCACCAACUGCACUGACAUACGUUUAGCCUGUCUAUACCAUGACAUCCACCAACUGCACUGACAUACGUUUAGCCUGUCUAUACCUUGACAUCCACCAACUGCACUGACAUACGUUUAGCCUGUCUAUACCAUAACAUCCACCAACUGUACCGACUUAAGUUUAGACUGUCUAUACCAUGACAUCCACCAACUGUACUGACACAAGUUUAGCCUGUCUAUACCAUGACAUCCACCAACUGCACUGACAUAAGUUUAGCCUGUCUAUUCCAUGACAUCCACCAACUGUACUGACAUAAGUUUAGCCUGUCUAUACCAUGACAUCCACCAUCUGCACUGACAUACGUUUAGCCUGUCUAUACCAUGACAUCCACCAACUGCACUGACAUACGUUUAGCCUGUCUAUACCAUGACAUCCACCAACUGCACUGACAUACGUUUAGCCUGUCUAUACCAUGACAUCCAUCAACUGCACUGACAUACGUUUAGCCUGUCUAUACCAUAACAUCCACUAACUGUACUGACAUAAGUUUAGCCUGUCUAUACCAUGACAUCCACCAACUGUACCGACUUAAGUUUAGACUGUCUAUACCAUGACAUCCACUAACUGUACUGACAUAAGUUUAGCCUGUCUAUACCAUGACAUCCACUAACUGCACUGACAUAAGUUUAGCCUGUCUUUACCAUGACAUCCACCAACUGCACUGACAUAAGUUUAGCUUGUCCAUACCAUGACAUAUACUAACUUUACUGACCUAAGUUUAGCCUGUCUAUACCAUGACAUCCACCAACUGCACUGACAUACGUGUAGCCUGUCUAUUCCAUGACAUCCACUCACUGUACUGACAUAAGUUUAGCCUGUCUAUACCAUGACAUCCACCAACUGUACUGACAUAAGUUUAGCCUGUCUAUACCAUGACAUCCACUAACUGCACUGACCUAAGUUUAGCCUGUAUACCAUGACAUCCACCAACUGCACUGACCUAAGUUUAGCCUGUCUAUACCAUGACAUCCACCAACUGCACUGACAUACGUUUAGCCUGUCUAUACCAUGACAUCCACCAACUGCACUGACAUACGUUUAGCCUGUCUAUACCAUGACAUCCAUCAACUGCACUGACAUACGUUUAGCCUGUCUAUACCUUGACAUCCACCAACUGCACUGACAUACGUUUAGCCUGUCUAUACCAUAACAUCCACUAACUGUACUGACAUAAGUUUAGCCUGUCUAUACCAUGACAUCCACCAACUGUACCGACUUAAGUUUAGACUGUCUAUACCAUGACAUCCACCAACUGUACUGACACAAGUUUAGCCUGUCUAUACCAUGACAUCCACCAACUGCACUGACAUAAGUUUAGCCUGUCUAUUCCAUGACAUCCACCAACUGUACUGACAUAAGUUUAGCCUGUCUAUACCAUGACAUCCACCAUCUGCACUGACAUACGUUUAGCCUGUCUAUACCAUGACAUCCACCAACUGCACUGACAUACGUUUAGCCUGUCUAUACCAUGACAUCCACCAACUGCACUGACAUACGUUUAGCCUGUCUAUACCAUGACAUCCAUCAACUGCACUGACAUACGUUUAGCCUGUCUAUACCAUAACAUCCACUAACUGUACUGACAUAAGUUUAGCCUGUCUAUACCAUGACAUCCACCAACUGUACUGACACAAGUUUAGCCUGUCUAUACCAUGGCAUCCACCAACUGUACUGACACAAGUUUAGCCUGUCUAUACCAUGACAUCCACCAACUGCACUGACACAAGUUUAGCCUGUCUAUACCAUGACAUCCACCAACUGUACUGACAUACGUUUAGCCUGUCUAUACCAUGACAUCCACCAACUGCACUGACACAAGUUUAGCCUGUCUAUACCAUGACAUCCACCAACUGCACUGAAAUAAGUUAAGCCUGUCUUUACCUUGACAUCCACCAACUGCACUGACACAAGUUUAGCCUGUCUAUACCAUGACAUCCACCAACUGUACUGACAUACUUUUAGCCUGUCUAUACCAUGACAUCCACCAACUGUACUGACACAAGUUUAGCCUGUCUAUACCAUGACAUCAACCAACUGUACUGACACAAGUUUAGCCUGUCUAUACCAUGACAUCCACCAACUGCACUGACAUAAGUUUAGCCUGUCUAUACCAUGACAUCCACCAACUGCACUGACACAAGUUUAGCCUGUCUAUACCAUGACAUCCACCAACUGUACUGACACAAGUUUAGCCUGUCUAUACCAUGACAUCCACCAACUGCACUGACACAAGUUUAGCCUGUCUAUUCCAUGACAUCCACUAACUGUACUGACAUAAGUUUAGCCUGUCUAUACCAUGACAUCCACCAACUGUACUGACAUAAGUUUAUCCUGUCUAUACCAUGACAUCCACCAUCUGCACUGACAUACGUUUAGUCUGUCUAUACCAUGACAUCCACCAACUGCACUGACAUACGUUUAGCCUGUCUAUACCAUGACAUCCACCAACUGCACUGACAUACGUUUAGCCUGUCUAUACCAUGACAUCCAUCAACUGCACUGACAUACGUUUAGCCUGUCUAUACCUUGACAUACGUUUAGCCUGUCUAUACCAUAACAUCCACUAACUGUACUGACAUAAGUUUAGCCUGUCUAUACCAUGACAUCCACCAACUGUACCGACUUAAGUUUAGACUGUCUAUACCAUGACAUCCACCAACUGUACUGACACAAGUUUAGCCUGUCUAUACCAUGACAUCCACCAACUGCACUGACAUAAGUUUAGCCUGUCUAUUCCAUGACAUCCACCAACUGUACUGACAUAAGUUUAGCCUGUCUAUACCAUGACAUCCACCAUCUGCACUGACAUACGUUUAGCCUGUCUAUACCAUGACAUCCACCAACUGCACUGACAUACGUUUAGCCUGUCUAUACCAUGACAUCCACCAACUGCAUUGACAUACGUUUAGCCUGUCUAUACCAUGACAUCCAUCAACUGCACUGACAUACGUUUAGCCUGUCUAUACCAUAACAUCCACUAACUGUACUGACAUAAGUUUAGCCUGUCUAUACCAUGACAUCCACCAACUGUACCGACUUAAGUUUAGACUGUCUAUACCAUGACAUCCACUAACUGUACUGACAUAAGUUUAGCCUGUCUAUACCAUGACAUCCACUAACUGCACUGACAUAAGUUUAGCCUGUCUAUACCAUGACAUCCACCAACUGCACUGACAUAAGUUUAGCCUGUCCAUACCAUGACAUAUACUAACUUUACUGACCUAAGUUUAGCCUGUCUAUACCAUGACAUCCACCAACUGCACUGACAUACGUGUAGCCUGUCUAUUCCAUGACAUCCACUCACUGUACUGACACAAGUUUAGCCUGUCUAUACCAUGACAUCCACCAACUGUACUGACAUAAGUUUAGCCUGUCUAUACCAUGACAUCCACUAACUGCACUGACCUAAGUUUAGCCUGUAUACCAUGACAUCCACCAACUGCACUGACCUAAGUUUAGCCUGUCUAUACCAUGACAUCCACCAACUGCACUGACACAAGUUUAGCCUGUCUAUACCAUGACAUAUACUAACUUUACUGACCUAAGUUUAGCCUGUCUAUACCAUGACAUCCACCAACUGCACUGACCUAAGUUUAGCCUGUUAUAAUUACAUAGAACUAUGUAACAAAUGUUUAAUGCAUUGACGUCUCGGAAGGCAGAAGGUUGGACAAUUCCAUUGAUAUGGUCAUAGAAGAACAAUCUUAUUUUGUUUACAUUUGUUUGUCAGUUUUAUUUUUGUUUGUUUUUUAAAGACUCACAUUACCAUUAGACUGUUACAAAACAACUAAAUCAGCCAUAGUGGAUGUAGUCUUUUCAAAGCUAGGAGAAUUUUUAAAAAAAUAUCUAUACAUUUCUUAAAUUUUUCAGGUGAAGGCUUACUAAAAAGAGUGUGUUUUAAUGUUUCUUUGUUGUUCAAUGUUUAUCAUUUUAAGGCAGAACAAUGUUCAGUUUAAUGCCUCUUCUGCAAUACAUUUUUAUGUGAGUUAUUUCAUUGUAUUUUAUGUAGUUUUAAAUGCAGUCAGAUUUUAGUUCAUAAAAAAAAAUUACUACAAUUAAGAUUCUUGGACUUGUUCAUUCUACUUGCUUAUUUCUUUUGUUAUUAAUUUAUGAAAUGUGCUUUUUUUUCUGCAUAAUCUUUGACACAUUUUGCUAAUAGUACAUCUAGAUUUGUAGUUGUCAGGUGACAAGAGAGAUUUUGUUUUUAGAUUUUUAUGAAUAUUUUUAAAAUGACAUUUCAUCAAUUUGUAAGUAUUUUGGUUAUUUCAAUUAAAGUCUUUUAGAGACUAGAUAGUAGAUAUCUGACAUGUGUUAAGAGACUAGAUAUCUGACAUGUGUUAAGAGACUAGAUAUCUGACAUGUGUUAAGAGACUAGAUAUCUGACAUGUGUUAAGAGACUAGAUAUCUGACAUGUGUUAAGAGACUAGAUAUCUGACAUGUGUUAAGAGACUAGAUAUCUGACAUGUGUAAGAGACUAGAUAUCUGACAUGUGUAAGAGACUAGAUAUCUGACAUGUGUUAAGAGACUAGAUAUCUGACAUGUGUUAAGAGACUAGAUAUCUGACAUGUGUUAAGAGACUAGAUAUCUGACAUGUGUUAAGAGACUAGAUAUCUGACAUGUGUUAAGAGACUAGAUAUCUGACAUGUGUUAAGAGACUAGAUAUCUGACAUGUGUAAGAGACCAGAUAUCUGACAUGUGUUAAGAGACUAGAUAUCUGACAUGUGUAAGAGACCAGAUAUCUGACAUGUGUUAAGAGACCAGAUAUCUGACAUGUGUUAAGAGACUAGAUAUCUGACAUGUGUUAAGAGACUAGAUAUCUGACAUGUGUAAGAGACCAGAUAUCUGACAUGUGUUAAGAGACUAGAUAUCUGACAUGUUUUAAGAGACUAGAUAUCUGACAUGUGUUAAGAGACUAGAUAUCUGACAUGUGUAAGAGACCAGAUAUCUGACAUGUGUUAAGAGACUAGAUAUCUGACAUGUGUUAAGAGACCAGAUAUCUGACUUGUGUUAAGAGACUAGAUAUCUGACAUGUGUAAGAGACUAGAUAUCUGACAUGUGUUAAGAGACCAGAUAUCUGACAUGUGUUAAGAGACUAGAUAUCUGACAUGUGUUAAGAGACCAGAUAUCUGACAUGUGUUAAGAGACUAGAUAUCUGACAUGUGUAAGAGACCAGAUAUCUGACAUGUGUUAAGAGACUAGAUAUCUGACAUGUGUAAGAGACCAGAUAUCUGACAUGUGUUAAGAGACCAGAUAUCUGACAUGUGUUAAGAGACUAGAUAUCUGACAUGUGUUAAGAGACUAGAUAUCUGACAUGUGUAAGAGACCAGAUAUCUGACAUGUGUUAAGAGACUAGAUAUCUGACAUGUGUUAAGAGACUAGAUAUCUGACAUGUGUUAAGAGACUAGAUAUCUGACAUGUGUAAGAGACCAGAUAUCUGACAUGUGUUAAGAGACUAGAUAUCUGACAUGUGUUAAGAGACCAGAUAUCUGACUUGUGUUAAGAGACUAGAUAUCUGACAUGUGUAAGAGACUAGAUAUCUGACAUGUGUUAAGAGACCAGAUAUCUGACAUGUGUUAAGAGACUAGAUAUCUGACAUGUGUUAAGAGACCAGAUAUCUGACAUGUGUUAAGAGACCAGAUAUCUGACAUGUGUUAAGAGACUAGAUAUCUGACAUGUGUUAAGAGACUAGAUAUCUGACAUGUGUUAAGAGACCAGAUAUCUGACAUGUGUUAAGAGACUAGAUAUCUGACAUGUGUUAAGAGACCAGAUAUCUGACAUGUGUUAAGAGACCAGAUAUCUGACAUGUGUUAAGAGACCAGAUAUCUGACAUGUGUUAAGAGACCAGAUAUCUGACAUGUGUUAAGAGACCAGAUAUCUGACAUGUGUUAAGAGACUAGAUAUCUGACAUGUGUUAAGAGACUAGAUAUCUGACUUGUGUUAAGAGACUAGAUAUCUGACUUGUGUUAAGAGACCAGAUAUCUGACAUGUGUUAAGAGACUAGAUAUCUGACAUGUGUUAAGAGACUAGAUAUCUGACAUGUGUUAAGAGACUAGAUAUCUGACAUGUUUUAAGAGACUAGAUAUCUGACAUGUGUUAAGAGACCAGAUAUCUGACAUGUGUUAAGAGACUAGAUAUCUGACAUGUGUUAAGAGACUAGAUAUCUGACAUGUGUUAAGAGACCAGAUAUCUGACUUGUGUUAAGAGACUAGAUAUCUGACAUGUGUAAGAGACUAGAUAUCUGACAUGUGUUAAGAGACCAGAUAUCUGACAUGUGUUAAGAGACUAGAUAUCUGACAUGUGUUAAGAGACCAGAUAUCUGACAUGUGUUAAGAGACUAGAUAUCUGACAUGUGUUAAGAGACUAGAUAUCUGACAUGUGUUAAGAGACCAGAUAUCUGACAUGUGUUAAGAGACUAGAUAUCUGACAUGUGUUAAGAGACCAGAUAUCUGACAUGUGUUAAGAGACCAGAUAUCUGACAUGUGUUAAGAGACCAGAUAUCUGACAUGUGUUAAGAGACCAGAUAUCUGACAUGUGUUAAGAGACCAGAUAUCUGACAUGUGUUAAGAGACUAGAUAUCUGACAUGUGUUAAGAGACCAGAUAUCUGACAUGUGUUAAGAGACCAGAUAUCUGACAUGUGUUAAGAGACUAGAUAUCUGACAUGUGUUAAGAGACCAGAUAUCUGACAUGUGUUAAGAGACUAGAUAUCUGACAUGUGUUAAGAGACCAGAUAUCUGACAUGUGUUAAGAGACCAGAUAUCUGACAUGUGUUAAGAGACCAGAUAUCUGACAUGUGUUAAGAGACUAGAUAUCUGACAUGUGUUAAGAGACUAGAUAUCUGACAUGUGUAAGAGACCAGAUAUCUGACAUGUGUUAAGAGACUAGAUAUCUGACAUGUUUUAAGAGACUAGAUAUCUGACAUGUGUUAAGAGACUAGAUAUCUGACAUGUGUAAGAGACCAGAUAUCUGACAUGUGUUAAGAGACUAGAUAUCUGACAUGUGUUAAGAGACCAGAUAUCUGACUUGUGUUAAGAGACUAGAUAUCUGACAUGUGUAAGAGACUAGAUAUCUGACAUGUGUUAAGAGACCAGAUAUCUGACAUGUGUUAAGAGACUAGAUAUCUGACAUGUGUUAAGAGACCAGAUAUCUGACAUGUGUUAAGAGACCAGAUAUCUGACAUGUGUUAAGAGACUAGAUAUCUGACAUGUGUUAAGAGACUAGAUAUCUGACAUGUGUUAAGAGACCAGAUAUCUGACAUGUGUUAAGAGACUAGAUAUCUGACAUGUGUUAAGAGACCAGAUAUCUGACAUGUGUUAAGAGACCAGAUAUCUGACAUGUGUUAAGAGACCAGAUAUCUGACAUGUGUUAAGAGACCAGAUAUCUGACAUGUGUUAAGAGACCAGAUAUCUGACAUGUGUUAAGAGACUAGAUAUCUGACAUGUGUUAAGAGACUAGAUAUCUGACUUGUGUUAAGAGACUAGAUAUCUGACUUGUGUUAAGAGACCAGAUAUCUGACAUGUGUUAAGAGACUAGAUAUCUGACAUGUGUUAAGAGACUAGAUAUCUGACAUGUGUUAAGAGACUAGAUAUCUGACAUGUUUUAAGAGACUAGAUAUCUGACAUGUGUUAAGAGACCAGAUAUCUGACAUGUGUUAAGAGACUAGAUAUCUGACAUGUGUUAAGAGACUAGAUAUCUGACAUGUGUUAAGAGACCAGAUAUCUGACUUGUGUUAAGAGACUAGAUAUCUGACAUGUGUAAGAGACUAGAUAUCUGACAUGUGUUAAGAGACCAGAUAUCUGACAUGUGUUAAGAGACUAGAUAUCUGACAUGUGUUAAGAGACCAGAUAUCUGACAUGUGUUAAGAGACUAGAUAUCUGACAUGUGUUAAGAGACUAGAUAUCUGACAUGUGUUAAGAGACCAGAUAUCUGACAUGUGUUAAGAGACUAGAUAUCUGACAUGUGUUAAGAGACCAGAUAUCUGACAUGUGUUAAGAGACCAGAUAUCUGACAUGUGUUAAGAGACCAGAUAUCUGACAUGUGUUAAGAGACCAGAUAUCUGACAUGUGUUAAGAGACCAGAUAUCUGACAUGUGUUAAGAGACUAGAUAUCUGACAUGUGUUAAGAGACCAGAUAUCUGACAUGUGUUAAGAGACCAGAUAUCUGACAUGUGUUAAGAGACCAGAUAUCUGACAUGUGUUAAGAGACCAGAUAUCUGACAUGUGUUAAGAGACCAGAUAUCUGACAUGUGUUAAGAGACCAGAUAUCUGACAUGUGUUAAGAGACCAGAUAUCUGACAUGUGUUAAGAGACUAGAUAUCUGACAUGUGUUAAGAGACUAGAUAUCUGACAUGUGUUAAGAGACUAGAUAUCUGACAUGUGUUAAGAUACCAGAUAUCUGACAUGUGUAAGAGACCAGAUAUCUGACUUGUGUUAAGAGACUAGAUAUCUGACAUGUGUAAGAGACCAGAUAUCUGACAUGUGUUAAGAGACUAGAUAUCUGACUUGUGUUAAGAGACUAGAUAUCUGACAUGUGUAAGAGACUAGAUAUCUGACAUGUGUUAAGAGACCAGAUAUCUGACAUGUUUUAAGAGACCAGAUAUCUGACAUGUGUUAAGAGACUAGAUAUCUGACAUGUGUUAAGAGACUAGAUAUCUGACAUGUGUUAAGAGACUAGAUAUCUGACUUGUGUUAAGAGACCAGAUAUCUGACAUGUGUUAAGAGACUAGAUAUCUGACAUGUGUUAAGAGACUAGAUAUCUGACUUGUGUUAAGAGACCAGAUAUCUGACAUGUGUUAAGAGACUAGAUAUCUGACAUGUGUUAAGAGACCAGAUAUCUGACAUGUUUUAAGAGACCAGAUAUCUGACAUGUGUUAAGAGACUAGAUAUCUGACAUGUGUUAAGAGACUAGAUAUCUGACUUGUGUUAAGAGACCAGAUAUCUGAUAUGUGUUAAUAGACUAAAUAUCUGACAUGUGUUAAUGAUUAACUAAGUAGUAGACUGACAAAACAUUGUUUUAUUUAUUUAUUUUCAUUACCUGUACUAUUACAAUUAGCAAUAGUUAUUAGUUUCUAGAAAAAUAACUUGAAAGAUAUCUAAAAGUCUCAAAACAAAUUAUAUAUAAUGGAAUCAAAUUUGCAAGUAAAUUUAAUAUACUAUAAAGGAAAGCUGCAUUACAGUUAAUUGUGGGUGUCCAAUUAUUACAAGGUAGCUUUUUGUGUACAAGAGUGUUUAUAAACAUUUGCUUUGGGGAAUAAAACAUGAUUAACAUAGACCUACAUGAACUUAGUUUUAUGUUUUUUUGAGUAAUAAAACAUGAUUGACAUUGACCUA